UUCAUCCGCCAGGUGCCAAAAUCGAAAAUGAUAUUUCGGAUAAUUUUAGACAAUUUAUACAAAAACGGGAUCGAAUAUUAACUACUUCCUGGUAUCAUUCAAAAACCUUGAAACAUGGCGGAUGAGGAGGAAACCUCGUUAGAGUUGUACAAGACACAACUGGAACAAGUUGAAGCAGCCCUCCAGACAUCGGGUUGUACAGACUGUAAUCUUCUACAGCUGAAGUCUGAUCUCAUUGAGCUAGUCAAACUUACUGAAGAAAGCGUUUUGAAAGCCAGAAAGGAGCAGUUGUUAGCUGCCAUAGAGACUGAGCAUCCAGCCUCAGCAUCUUCAAGCUUUGAACCAGACUUUGAUGCUGAAAUGGCUGCAUUUAAGGCUGAACUUGGUGAGGACCUUUCCCAAGACAACUUUCAAACAGAUGGAAACGCUACAACAAAAUAUAGCAAUAUUGCUGACAAUGAUGGUGAUGAUGAUGAUGAUGAUGAUGAUGAUGAUGAAGAUGAUGAUGACGGAGAAAGUUCAAAUAAUGCUACCCUGAAAGAAAUACAGCAAAAACUACAAGGCUUGGAGGGAACGAAAUGUCGUGUUCCCUUCACCCAGGACUGGGGUUCCUUGGAGUACCACAAUGCUCUGGUUCUGUCUGCUGAGCCGAUAGAUAUGGAAACUGGAGAACUGAAGGUGAGGGUUGUCUUCUGCAACCCCACACAUCGAUCGAUGCUGCCAUGUCCGUAUUUCCUUGAUGGAAAUUGCAAGUUUCCACAAGAAGAAUGCAGGUAUUCUCAUGGUCAUGUUGUGAGUGUGUCGGAUAUUCAGACAUUUGACGACCCAGAUCACAGCAAUCUCAGUGUUGAUCAGGCAUGCCUAGCAAAGUACAGGGAUGGUAUUUGGUACAGAGCAACGAUCCAAGAAGUGCAUGCUGAAGACCAUCAGUGUACUGUCGCGUUUGAUUCAUACAAGGAGACAGCUGUGAUGGACGUUCAUGAUAUUUUGCCAAAAGACGACAUAGAAAGAGGUGGGUCAUCGGAUGAAGAGGAUGAUCAGAUGAGCCGGACUCUUGACCUAAGUUCAUCUGAGGAUGAAGAUGCUUUGCCAGUGUUUCUAUGGCGACCGCCAAAAACGACAGCUGUGUUAGGUGAAUGGGAACAACACACUAAGGGUAUAGCCUCAAAAUUGAUGGCCAAGAUGGGGUAUGUAAUGGGACAAGGUCUAGGAAAGGAUGGAAAAGGACGGGCAGAUCCUGUGCCCAUUCAGCUUCUUCCCCCAGGGAAGUCAUUGGAUAAAAUUAUGGAGCUGAAGGAAAAAGCGGGAGAUCUCAGCCUGUUUGAUGCUUUGAAGAAAGAUAAAAUAGCCAAGAAAAAAUUGGAAAAGAAACUGGCAAAAGCUUAUGAGAAAGCAGAGACAAAUCCAGAUGUUUUUGACUUUAUCAAUAAGAAGUUACGUGGUAAAAAGGGUAAUGUGCAUGAUCUGAAGCCCCCACACCAGAAGAAGCUGCAGCCAACACGGCAAAUCUCAGAAAAAGACUUGAACAAGAAGAGCGAGAAGGGAUUAAAUGUCCAGCUGUUCAAGACACAGGAAGAAAUAAAAAAGGUUGAAGCCGAAAUUGGAAGAGUCCGACAAGGCAUGGUUAGAAAUGCUGGGAGUUCGAAAUUUUCGAAUCAUGCUACCCAAAAACUGGAUUCGCUGGGAAAGUAUUUGAACCAACUGAAGUCAUCUGAGAAUUCUAUUCAACAGCAUCAAGCGAAGCGGGACAAUCAUAAAAAACUGACUGUAUUCUAGGGCUCGAGCUAUUCUGUUUAGCGACUUAUUUCGUUAUUCCUGCAGAACUAUUGUGCUGGCUUACACUUUAUAGGGGACAUCCAUAAUGUGGGGUGGCCCAGCGAAUCCACAAGGAGUGUGUUCAGUACCAUUUCCCAAAUCUAUAAGAUGUCAGUUUGUAUUUAAACCAGAAAAUAACCAAUGAGAUGAAAUGGC